GGGUGCGCCCUUUCCCCGCCGCCGGCCCCAGGCCGGGAGCAGCACCUGGUCCCACGGCAGCCGGCCUGGGGCCCCUCCGGCGUGUCCCGCUGCCGCCUGGACCGAGCCGAGCCGGGCCGGGCCGGGCCGGGGGCGCCUCCCGCCUCCGCCGCCUUCAGGGGCGCCGCGUCCCGCUGGCGGCGCCUCAUGGCGCGAUGCAGCUGCAGUAGGAGGGAGAGGAAACCCACCCCCUUCGCCCGCCGGCCGCCUUUGUAACCGCCCGGCCCAGCUCAGCGCGCAGCGGCUCGGGGAGCGCCGGAGCGCGGCGGUGGGACCAGAUGGAGCCGGAGGAUCUGAAAACUUCUGCUGAGAUCUUCCAUGAUCCUAGGGCUUCCUAUGUUCUUGUGGUGUUCCCACGUGGGACCCAGAGCCUGGAGAUUUCUGAACGUUAUGUCCAAGGUUGCCCUUGUUCUCCUAUUCAAAUCAAAUGUCACAUUGACUCCAAUCCAGUAUUGGAAGCAUGUGGGGAACUGCAGCACAUCAGCUCAGCGCAAUGUCUCCAUCAAGCUGGAAGGAAGCCCAAAACCAAAACUGCACUGGCCAAAAUGCAUCCUCUGCAGAAACCCCAAGUACCUCCUAAGCCUGUCCAUCUCAAACCUGGGCAGGAAAGAAUUCCUCCUGCACCAUCUCGGCCUUUGCCAGCUGAUCCCAAGUCAACAAGGAGCUUAGCACCUGGAGAGGAAGAUAUACCAAUAUCAGCAGGAGUCAACACACUCAUUGAGAAAUUUGAAAGUAUUAGACAACCUGUACAUAUUCUUCAAAGGAACCAGCUAAAUUUAGCUCUUAAGAUGGAACCUGGCCUGGACUCAUCCAAGCAGAUGAGCUCAUGUGACUGUGACACUGUGGCUUCCAGCAGCUCUUCCACAAAUGACAAAGCUGAAUCCGAUGAAGCUGAGGCCCAUGUACCAUGCAGCACAGAUCCAACUAACACAGACAUAAUGAAAAUUAAAGAGCUCAGCAUAGGUGAUACCAAAAGCUAUGAAGAGUGUACUGCUGUGACUGUGAGCAAAGAGCCUCAAGGAGAGCUUGGCAGUAAAGACUCAACUGCAGAACUGAAUGGGAAUGGUAAAAUUCCCAACAGAGACAGUGGCAUUGACAGUCCUUCUUGUAGCGUGGCUGGGGAAACAUUCCCCAGUGAAGAAGGGGCAGAGCAGAAGAAGCCCAGCAUGGCUGGGAGCCCAGGGGAAAUGGAACCUGACAGAAAGGGCACCAAGCCUUCCUCUGCAGAGCAGAAGAGAGACUCCACGCAGGAUGAGGACAGUGACAUUGAUGAAGGAAGCAGUGAGGAGCAAGAGAUAGCAGAAGUGCCAAAGUUAGAGUAUUUGGAUGUAAACAAGUGUACRGAGCCCCAAAAGCUAUUCAACAUUGCCAAUGAGCUGCUCCAUACGGAAGAAGCAUAUGUUAAAAGACUCCAUCUCUUGGACCAGGUUUUUUGCACUAAAUUGUCUGAAGCAGGGAUUUCAUCUGAAGUGAUAACAGGCAUCUUCUCAAAUAUUUCUUCCAUCUAUUGUUUCCAUGGACAAUUUCUUCUUCCUGAGCUCAAAACAAGAAUUACACAAGAAUGGAGUGUCAACCCACGGCUAGGAGAUAUCUUGCAGAAACUUGCUCCUUUUCUGAAAAUGUAUGGAGAAUAUGUAAAGAACUUUGACAGGGCAAUGGACAUAGUGAACACAUGCAUGCAGCGGUCCUCUCCCUUCAAAGAUGUUGUUCAGAACAUACAGAAACAGGAGGUGUGUGGAAAUCUAACUUUGCAGCAUCACAUGCUUGAACCAGUGCAAAGGAUUCCUCGUUAUGAGCUUCUCCUGAAGGACUAUUUAAAGAAACUUCCAGAAGACUCUCCAGACAGGAAGGAUGCUGAAAAGUCACUGGAGCUGAUAUCGACAGCAGCGAACCAUUCCAAUGCAGCCAUCCGGAAGAUGGAAAAGAUGCACAAGCUUUUGGAAGUCUAUGAGCGCCUGGGUGGAGAAGAGGAUAUUGUUAAUCCAGCCAAUGAGCUCAUUAAAGAAGGACACAUUCAGAAACUUUCAGCAAAGAACGGCACAGCACAGGAUAGGUAUUUAUUCCUGUUUAACAGCAUGGUGCUGUACUGUGUGCCAAAACUGAGGCUGAUCGGCCAGAAGUUCAGUGUCCGAGAGAAGAUGGACAUUGCAGGACUGCAGGUCCAAGAAAUUGCCAAGCAAAAUGUAGCUCAUACAUUUUCCAUAAUGGGAAAAAAGAGAUCAUUGGAACUACAAGCCAGGACAGAAGAAGAGAAGAGGGAAUGGAUUCAUGUCAUUCAAGCCACAAUAGAAAAGCACAAACAGAACAGUGAGACAUUCAGAGCAUUCAACAGCUCUUUUUCACAAGAGGAGGAGCAUGUUCCUGAUUCCUCAAUAGCCAGCCCUAGCUCGGUGGAAUCAAUGCUAGGAGUAGAUGGUGGUGCAUUAGGAGGGAGUGAUUCCUCUAGAAAAUCUUCCAAAUCCAAGCGGGACAAAGAAAAACAGGCUUGUAAGAGCUGCAGUGAGAGCUUUAACUCCAUCACAAAGAGGCGGCACCACUGUAAGCAGUGUGGGGCAGUGAUCUGUGCAAAAUGCUCCGAGUUUAAGCCACUUGCAGAUAACAGCCGCCAUAAUCGAGUGUGUAAAGAGUGUUUCCUGCAGGUUCCAGCAGGCCCGUGCAGCCCUGGGGUGGAAGCAGUUGGAGAACAGAAGAAAAGACUAACAGCAGAGAAGCAAAGCAUCCUUGCAGCUGAAAACAGCCUCUUCAGCAGCUACCUCCAGUUCCUUGAAAAAGGGAAGACUUGGUAUAAAAUGUGGGUGACCAUCCCCAAGAGUGAACCUCUUGUUCUGUAUCUGCAAGGAAGCAGCCAGGAUGGACGAAACCCACGUCCUAUCCCUCUGCCUGGCUACGAAGUCAGUUUACCAGGUUCUGGUGAGAAGUUUGAAGUGAAGCACAUUUUUAAGCUUUGCCAGUCCCAUCAAACUCUCUAUUUCAGUGCGGAAGAUGAGGAACUGCAGAUGAAAUGGAUGGAAAUUCUCACCAAAGCUGCCAAAGGGGAGACUGAAGAUACAGCUGAAGGGCUCAGCAGCCCAUAGAGCAAGUUUCAUUUAGUUUCUUUCCUACAUGCUAUAAACCAUCACUUGAAUUUGAUACUCAUGGCACUUUGGAAUCUGUAUGGCUUUAUAUUUUCAUGUGUCUGCAUAGGAAAUUCAGUGGUUUCUCAUCUUUUAUUGUACAUUUUUCACGUACAGUAGUUACCUGCCAUAUAUUAUGUUAAAGGAAAAAGUAGUUAUAGUUGUCAGUGGUGUCAAUGCUGGAUUUAAAACAAAAGACAAGGAGCAAAGCAUUAAUUUUAACAAAGGUAAUGGAAAACCACCAGUCUUUUGUUUUCCUAAAUGUGUAUUUUCCAGUUAUUUUGAUUGCUGUUGAGUGCAGGAUGUGUAUAAUCUGUGAUUAGUUCUAUAAAUGCUGCCUUUUAAGUUAAAUGUUGUAAAGGCUUGUGCUGGCCACUGACAUUCCAUUCUCUGCCUCUCCCUCCUGGUAAGGUCUUUGUGACGUGUGAGCAAUGUAUUGAGUAUUUUCCCGUUGCUAAAACUAUGUCUCUGCUAUUUUGAGAUACCUGUUCACAGGACAAAUAUAGCAGAAGGGACUUCUAAAAAUGACUGCAAAUGGUGCAGAAUAGAACAUUAAGAAGCCUCAUUGAUUUUAAGCAUUUAUUAUAUCAAUUGUUUUCUUUUGGAACCAAUACGUUUCUUCCUUAUAUUGGAACCCAUUUUGAUGUAAGUGAACAAACAUUUUAUACUGCAAACUGGGUUAUGAUUAAUAAACAAGAACAUUKUUAGUACACACCAUACAAAACGGUGAUUUUUUUUUUUGUAUUGGUUAAUUUAAGUGGCCUAGAUUUUAUUUAUAUAAUUUGUAAAUAAUGUUUCAUAAGUAUUUUAAGAAUUUUUAAAAGACUUCAGCUAAUUAACAGGAUUUAGUGCACAGUAUAAAAGAUAUUUGUAUGAACUGAAUUUGUAAUUUAAUUUUCCUGUUCACCUGUUUUUGUCUUAUUUUGAAACGUGAAUGGUUAUCUAUUUAAAUAAAAACUCCUGCAGUUAACUCCUGAGCCAGAUUUCCAAGGCACAGCAAAGAUUAGGUCAACAUUUAAUAUAGGUUAAAAAAAAAUAUAAAAAGUCCAAAACAAACAAAAAAAAGGCAUGUCUGUUCCUAGUGGUAGUAAGCAUGUAGUAUCAAUCAAAAUGAAAUAAAAGUUGUCACAGUACUGUAUUUUUAAAUGUUUUGGUUUAACUUUUGUUUUCUCUUCAGCGUUCUACAUUUUCUGAUAUUGGUAGAGGUGAAGAAAUGCUCCAUACAGACAGAGUUUGUUAGGAUUGUCGAAAAUUAUUGAUCUGCAUCAGUGAGUAUUUCUUGGACUUAGAGAGAAGGACUUGUCCUUUUUUGGGGUUUGAUUUACUUUUUGCAUUGGUGUAAUAAAUCAUAUAUCUGAAGUCCACAAUGAUAAAAAAAUUAGAAGCCAUGUAUUUGAUUAUCUACUGGGAAAUUUUCAUGAGACUUGCAUCUUUUCUCUCCUCCUCWCCCACUCUCUCCCAACAGUCAACACACAAAAGAUUUCUUGAAAAGUAGAAAGGAAUUCUUUCCAGUGUGUGUUAUUUCUUCUCCMAAGCUUCCUUGAAAAUAUAAUGAUGUAGAGUGCUUGCCUUGRAAAUUUAUUCAUUUAGUAACAUUUCUGGUUUGGAGGUGGGGUUUUGUUUGGGGGUUUUGUUUUAUUGGUUUUAGUUUGUUUAGUUUUAAGUUUUUCCUUUUACUCUGCUUGCUUGGUUCUUUUUCUUUGUUAUUGAGAGAGAUGGGGAGGGAGAAUGAUUAACCAAAACAAACCUAACACAUGUUAAUCCAUCUUUCAU